AUGUGCUACGAAGAGUUCAUCGCUUACCAGUGCGGCCACCGCUCCAUGGGCGUGGUGCGAACCUGCCCCAUGACCACGGCCGGCCACAACUUUCCGAUAUGCGGCAUCCCACCUCACAAGCCGCAUUAUGCGGAGACCAUGUGUACACCCUGUGAGCGACAGCUGCAUUCUCGCUGGGUCCUGAUCAGAGAGUGGGAGCAUCGCUGGCUUCAUGAGCGUGGAGCCUGCGGCUGCGAGGUUAUCUUCCCGGGUCUCCUCACAACUCCUCGAGUCAUCGGCCACACAUCGGUUGUUGAAAGCCCAGCUUCAACCACCGGUUCGAACGUUAUGGCCACUGCAGAUAGAAAUGAUGCCACACCGAAUUCCAUCGAUGGCGUCGAGAGCUUCAAGGAUAGCCAGGGACAAACUGGGCAGGGUGGCGCCGAAAAGAAUACCGCCUCUUCCAAAGGGGUUACCGAGACGGGCGAGCACCGCGUUGCUGUUCGACUCCCGGGACUCUAUGCGGCUGAGGCUGGGAAGUGCACAUGUGCAGCAACCUUUGCCCCUUAUAAGCCGCGGGUCACUGAUGACGAGCUGACUACCGACGACCGAGACAACUUGUCCCAGUGGCGCCAGAGGGAGAUAAGAGAGGAGAAGAGUGACCACAGACACGGUAUCGAAGGCCAAGUUGACGAGACCACGCAGCGCAUUGCCGAGAUCAAGAAGACGUUUGGAGAGUUACCUCGCCUCCCUCCCCCGGCCGCCGCAGAAAGCCAAACCGUCAAAGUCAGGGGCCAGAACCAGGGCAACAACACCCGCCACUUCAACCGCCGCGGCGAGAACCGCCGCGAGAGAAACCUCCCAUCACGCCCCCGAUCUCAACCUACUCGAUGGUCCUCCGCUUCACCCCAAAGCCUGGGGGGCCAACUCAUCGUCUCCUCUCAGGCUCCAUCCCCGCCCUAUCCCCCUCCCACAAACCAACCAUCCACCCAAGCAGCCGCAACCGCAACCGCAAUCACAAUGCCAAUGCCAGCACCAGUCCCGAUGGGCUACCACUACCCGGAAUACCCGCACCACCAACACCCGCACUGCCCCGUCCCAGCCCACCCAACUUACGCAACGGCCACAACCUUCAGCGACGCCAUCCCCGCGGGUGCCUUCCCGUGGGCGGCCGCGCCGCAGGCCACGCCGGGUAUGCCAUGGCUGACGCAGGGGCCCGGGCCGUACCGCACGCCAGGGCUAGUGCAUGCCCGGACCGGCGGUAACCAGACCGACACCGGGGGUGGAACAGGACACGGUGGUGUGGGCUACAAUACAUAUCCUCAGCACCAACCCCAUCAUCUCGGUGGAUAUGCACAGGGUUAUGCACAUGCACACGGCCACGGCCGGGGCUAUCAAAUCCAGACCCAAACCCAGACCCACCGCCACCAGCGGCAACACGGCGGUGAGCGGCAGCUCGCAGCGCCGGAGGGGAUUGUACAAGAACAGGGACAGGGACUGGAGGUAGAAGAGGAUAGAGGAAGGGGCGGAUGGAGAGCGGCCGACCCCCACACUCACACGCACCACCAGUACCCGCAACAGCCGCAGCCGCACCAACAGCACCAGAACUACGGCAACACCGCCAACCGUCCCGAGAUACUUCAACCCCUUUGCGGUCUGCCCAUCGGUGCCGGGCCUGAAGGCGUGUCGCACAUGCCGGACUGGUUGGAGUGUCCGCUGCGGCGGAGUUCUAGUGUCGGGGUGGCUUUGGUUAUGGGCGGGGAGGGAGAAAUCGAGGGAGAGGUACCGGACGAGGUCGAGGGAGAGCUGGCGAGUAUUACGGGUGAAGACGGAAGGGAGGUCGUGAGAGGGGGCGUCAUGAGAAAUGAGAGGCGAAGACGGGGCGCGGAGCAGGACGAGGGCAAGGAGCGCGAGGAUGACGAGAGCGACCGGCUGCUGACACCGCCGCCGCCUCCGACGCGCCGGCACUCGGCGGCCACUUGA